GGAUCACCAGGUGGAGCAGCGGGCACCGGGCCACCAGGCGGAGCAGCAGGCACCGGGCCACCAGGCAGGGCGGCAGGCACCGGGCCACCAGGCAGGGCGGCAGGCACCGGGCCACCAGGCAGGGCGGCGGGCACCGGGCCACCAGGCAGAGCGGCAGGCACCGGGCCACCAGGCAGAGCAGCAGGCACCGGGCCACCAGGCAGAGCGGCAGGCACCGCGGGCAUCGGGUCACCAGGUAUGACAGCGGGCACUGGGUCAUCAGGCAUUGGAUCA